GUCUUUGGUUGUUUCAUCAAAGAGUUCAAAACCUACCAACCCCUUCUAUCUGCCAUCAAAAAGGAAUAUGAAAACACAGGUCCUUGGAAAACACAGCCUAUCAGCAGGCUCAAAUCCGAGAACUGGAACCACUGCGAUCCUAUCUAAGGUUGGUGACAGAGGAAUGUGACAGGAAGAUUCAAGCUCGCUGAGGAGAGGAGCAGGCUGAGAUUCGAGCCUUGAAGAGGGAGAAGCAGCAACUGCAGAGGGACAUUCAGGCCAUGACGGAGAAAGAAAAGGCCAUGCAGGCUGUGGUGGAACAUCUGCAAUAUGAACUGUCCAACCAGUAUGUGAAGUAUCGGGAGGAGCGUGAUGCCCGCAAGUUGAUGAUCUGGCAGCUCAGUGACCUUAAAAGAGCCUCUCUGAAGGAGGUCCACCCUGCAAAUAAAAAUACAGUUUAUUUUGUUCUGAGUUUUGUUUGCAUCGUGAAAGAAGAGGCUAAGGACCCACUGAAACUACAGCUUGCCCUGAAGAUGUGCCGGGAGGACCUGACUAAGGCCCAACAGGAGCUCAACAAGAUGAAGGCAGAGUACUGGGAUGUUGUGCCACGACGCAACUGGGACACCCUGCAACAAACACACAAACAGACAUUCCUUCAGUUGAAGACGCUGCAGGGUGACUUUGAUCAGUUGAAGAGCGAGUAUGUCACCCUGCUGGAGCUCCUUAAAACAGGCAGAAGACAGGCUGAGACACAUGACUCCACUACUGAACGGAUGGAUGCGGGUGGGUCUGAAGAGCAAAGCCAAAUUCAGUCCAGCCAGCUAAAAGAGCCAAUCAACUCUGAUACCCCUGAGAGACACACACUCACUGUCCAGGAGUUUAGGGCAGUCCUGAGGACAGUGUUUCCUCUGAGGUCAAAUGAGGAAAUAGAUGAACUUGUGUUGUCAGUUAAGAGUGAACGGGACAGAAGCAAUGACAUCAACUCCUCCCAGAGACUCAACAGCCUGCUUGCAGAAUCUGGUGUGGCAACCUUACCUCCAGCUCUUGAUCAAUCAGAAGAAAAUGCUGCAUCAAAUAAUUUUCCAGACAGAAACUGAUAUGUCAUAGUAUGCAUUUUAUUAAUUAAGAACGUAGUCUACCUUGCCAAUUUAGGGACAUGUAACCAAAAAAAAAAAAGGUGAACAGAACAUUAAUUCAUGAAUCACAAUUUAUUGAUUGUCCCUGCAACACAUCAACAGUUCCUGAUAUUUAAAUAACUGUAAAUGUAUGCACAGUAAUAUAGCAGUAUGAUUGUCUUUUAUUACUGACCUAAAAUAAAACAAAUGCCAUUCACCUCCAUUGUAAUGGGACCAGAACUCCAAAACUUGCCAAACAAAAUUGAAACAGUCAAGUAUGCCAUGUAGAAUGGGUUAAUGUCAUCCUGCCAAAUGCAACAUAUCAAAAUAUAAAUAACUAUAAAAUAUGAUUUUUGGUCAUUCAGAUGGCUUUUUUUAUCUGUAUUUGUCUUGCACUCAAACUAUUUAUCAUAAAAUACAUUUUAAAGGUUCUCUGUGAAGUUUUCAUGUAAAUAAACAAAAAAUAUGUUUACAUUAAGUGUUACUCACCAAAAUGCAUCAUGUGUAUCCUUGAGUUCUAAUAAAUGUGUUGAAUGUAUUUCCUUCCUCACAAAAGCUGAUUUUUUUAAGUAUUUUAAAUCUUGCAUUGUUCACAUCCAUGUAAACAAUCCAUAUUUACUAGCUUGCAGCCUUCUUCUUUGCCUUCACUCACACAUCGCUACAUUUCUUAGUGUGUUGCAGACACCUGUAGAUCACUGGAACAGUGUCAAACCAUUGGCAGGACUGUGUAUUGUGUACAUCUGUACAAGUGUGCAAGCAUGCGCAUCCUUGUGUGUGCAUGAGAAAAGUAAAACUGGACCUACACGACAAUGUCAUAGCGCUACUACAGGUAAAAAACUCCACAGGGAACCUUUAAAAUCCACUGUAUUUGCCACUUUGCAUGAAAUUUUAUUUUACCUGAUACCCAGAGUUCUACAUUCAAUCCCAGACUGUAUGUGUCCGCGUCUGUGCUAGGCAAACCAAACUUGACAUUCAAUGCACUCUGCUUUAGACAACUCUUUACCUGUUACAACCUUCAGCGCAUGUCUUACUUAACCAGAACAACCAAUGUGACAAUUUCCUGUUAAAGUAACCCUGAAGACCCUCCCAAAGCCUCAAGCCAAGGCAACGGAGUUGGAUGUCAGCACAUGGUAGAGCACUGUUUGAUUUCGCAUUAUUCUUAACAAGGUUCCAAUUGGGGCACAAAGCCUUUAGUCACUGGAGGCCUGAGUCUCACACAAAUCCAAGAACUGUUGGUUCAUAAGAGUGGGAGUGGAGACUGAAAAAAAUCUCUAUGCAAUUCUGAAAAAUUCAAAUCCUACAAGAACAUAACUUAAACAUGGACAGAAGUGGACUGACAAAGGUCAGUUCUCACAUAAAGUAUUUGGAUUAAGAUGAUUAUAUUGAGUAGCUGACAUACAAUACUGUACAAAGGAAGUGCCAUAGGGACACGUAGUGUCAACAAAUAGAUGAUAAGACCCUCAAAGAAAUGCCCUUGAUUUUUUUUCAAUAAACUUGUAGACAUUUAAUGUAGUUUGGUACAAUCUAAAUUGCACCAAUAAGGUGACCCGCUAGCCCCUAUGAUUUUGUCUGAGCUACAUUUAAGACACUGAGCCAGAAAUACCUAAAACACUAAAAUUAGAGCAAUUGAGAUAAACAUAAUAUGAAGAAGUAGUCAGAGACAGGUUACACAGUUUUCUAAUUUUUAAUUUUAAUUAUAGAAAAUAUUUAAGAAUUUUUAAUCUGCAUCAAAAUGCAAAGUGACUUUCAUGUGUACUUACUUUCACCAUAGCCUGUGAAACAUUAACAGCUCACAAUAACGAUUCUUG